AUGGCGGCCAGCACUUCCCAGGGAGGCACUGGCCGAGAUGACAAACACUUUGUCCCUGCGUGGGACGGCAAGCCAGAGACGUUUGGUCAUUUUGUCACCGAGGUGAAAUGGACCUUGAGCAGCUCGAAGCGGGAGGAUAGGACCCUACUGGCGGCCCGGAUUAUCCGGAAGGCCCUCCAAUCCGAGCAUAAGACGUUGGUCCAGUUGAUGUACAAGUUGGAGCCCGAGAAUUUCAAGACAGAGGCCUCGGUGAAUGACUUGGUGAAGUUUCUGGAAGAGAGCCCACUGAACCGGCAGCCGCUGCCGGAUGCGGGAGCGAAGAUAGACAAGAUUCACGAUGACAUGUUGCGAGCCCUACAACGACUUCUACGAGAACGUGAACUUACCUUCGCCGACUAUGACACCACAGUGGAAGAACUCAAGGAGUUCUGUGGCAUGGCCGCGGACGAGUCUAUGUACUACGGCCCGCCUGAGGGCACGGAUGCCGAUGAGGAUGGCGGCGGGGCCGAGGGCUUUGAAGAAGGCCCUGAGGAGGACGAUGAGCGAGACUCCUUUCGAGAAGGGAGCCGCCGGGGAAGAUCAACGAGAUCGUCUUCGAGAUCCUCGGCUGGGUCCCCGGCCAAGGGCUACGGGAAGACCAAGACGAAGGCCGAGAUGAGGGCCCGAGGAAAGGAUCUUCUCCAACGGCUUAUGGAGAAGGGUCUCAUGCCGUUGGCGGCGUUGGACGUGAUCCGCGGCUGGAUGAUUUUGGAGAUGAGCACGUCCUCUGAGGAGGAAAGGCGGGUCGUGAAAGCUGCGACCCAGAACCGCUUGGGUUACCACGAGGUGAAGCAGGCGCUGCUGGCGAUGUAUGAGGACCGGGGAAAAGGACAUAGCCGACCGUUUGCUGGAGGCGCCAAGGGAGCCUUCUACGGCGAGCUGGAGGACCCAGGCGACGAGUUCGACUAUGGGGAAGCGUGGUGGCCAGAUGACCAGUGGGGAUACUACCAAUAUGGUGACAAUGGCACUGGAGAAGAUGAUUGGGCCGAGGGCCCCGACCACGCUGACGAGCACAUUGAGGAGGAGAUCCCCGAGGACGAGACCAUAGCCCUCAUACAACAGGAGCAAAGAGAGUACGAGGAGCAGCGCCGCGAGCUGGAGCUGAUGAUGGCCGAGAACGACCGGAACCGCGCGGAAGCACGGAGAGCCGUGGCCCAAGCAGCCAAAGACCGAGGUUGGACCGGAACCGUCCAGCAGAAGCAGUACCGGCCAACAUCACAGUACAUGCAGAAGGGCAAGGGCCAAGGAAAACCCGGCAAAGGUAAAGGCUCCAAGGGAGCCAAGAUGGCAGAAGAGGCCCAUUGGGUCGCCGGGAAGAAGGGCAGCAAGGGAGGCCGACCUGGUUUCUCGAAGGGCAAGGGCAAACCGAUGACGGCCUGGAGCUACCACUUGGACAUGGGCGACCGGGUGCCGUCUGAGUUUUUCUCCACGUCCGAAGGAGCACCGCCAAAGGAAGGGACGGCCCUGAAGGACACUGAGGCUCUGGUGGAUACUGGAGCGACCUCCACUGCCGGAGGCAGUGAUGCCGUACAGAAACUGUGCGCGGCAAUUGCUGCGGCACAUCCUGGAGUGAAGGUGGAUAUCCAUUCCGUUGUGCGGCCAUAUUUCCGUUACGGCAGUGGGAAGUGGGGAAGGGCACUGUUCAAGGUCGUUUUGUCUCUAGGAGGCCUGAGUAUGGAGAUGCUUGCCUUGCCGAGUGAGGGGGUGCCCGUGUUGUUGGGGAUGAGAGAGCUUCGGAAGUUGAAGGCGGUGAUAGGAUGUGAGUCCGGAAGAUGUCUGAUAGCGGGGAAGCGAGUUCGCUUGAAGCAGACCCCAAAGGGACACCUAGUGAUCGACGCUGUAAAGCAGAUCUUCGGGUUGAAGGCACCUAGGGAGCCACCACUAGCACCGACCCUGCUGAAGACAUCCCCAACAGCCCGUACCACGAGUCGUCAUUGGGUACCCAAGCAGUAUGCCCCGAAGAGCCCUACGCCUUACCUUCAGCAACCUCGGAAGAGAGUGAUGUUCUCCAGUGAGCCCCCCGAGCACCAGUCGUACUUGCUAGAGUUGGAUUGUGAUGAAGUGGAAGCAGCCGACUUUGGGGAAGAGCAGUUUGCGUGUGAGUGUGAGGAGACCGAGGUGACUGAAGCACAGUACAUGGGCCUGAAUGACGAUGACCUGUGUUACGUGAAUUUCGGAGCCCUCCACCUCUGCGCCUUCGCGAACGACGCCAUGGCCACUUCGAGCAGCGCACUUACCGACGAGAUGAAGGCCGAGGUGAAGAAAGCCGUGCGCGAAGCGAUCAAGGAGACCAUGGCCGAAGGUGGAGGAGCGACUCGCGCCAAGGGCGCGAAGAGUCGUGGUGGCGUCAAGACCGAGUACGACGCCACGAGAGAGAUGAAAGGGGACGACCGCGACCCUCGAGCAAGUAUGGACGCGUGGCCGUGUCGAGGACGCCACCGGCUCGCGAACGGCGGGAACCGUUUUGGCAAGUGGACCGAAUGCCAGGUCUGCGGCUACCGCAGCAAGUACGUGCCGGCCAAGGACGCGCCCACGGAGUAUACUCACGUGAGCCUGCCUAUGAAUAUCACGGAGGCACUGAGCAGGCUGAGAGACGAGGGUCGAGAUCCCGAACUCCUGGAGGCCAAGGAUGUCAAGAAUAUGAUCACGAUCGUGGCCAAGGAGAAGCGCCUGAUGCACGGCAAAGCAAAGUCGAAGAGCGCUCCUCCGGCGAAGUACCAGCCUCGCCCACGUCGCCAGCUGGAGCCGCCCGAGUUGAUCGACAGCCAAGACGAGGGCUUCGACAGAGUGGAUCCCCCGACCGACGAGGAGGAGAAGGAAACGACUCCAAGGGAGUCGGGCAGGGAGGAGUCCCCAGAGGGACCCCAGGUGGAGCAGGAGGCGACAAUGAAGGUCGAGAGCCCCCAGGACGAAGCAGCAAGCGAUCCACCAACAAGCCAAGUACGCGCCGCUUCGGGGACUUCGACUUCGGCCGCCGAGGACUCUGCCGAGUAUGAGGAGCUCGAGUGGAUGGAAAACGAAGACGAUGUUUCGGAUGAGCUCAAGGAAUCGCUGCUUAGGGCGGCGGAAGAAUUCGAUGUGGCCACCAUUUUGGCGGCCUUGCGACCUUUGAACUUCUGGGAGGUCGCAGCAAGGACAGCCGGGAGUCUUGGAAGCGCUUGCGAGCAUCGUGGAAUGCGGGUGUGCAGUAAGACGCUUGGAGCAGGGUAUGACCUGGUCAAGCCGGGCGACCUGAAUCGGAUGAUUGAUGAGUUAUCGGUCGAGAGACCCUGGAAGAUAUGGUGCACGACUUCGGUUGUUUUGGACGGCCCUCCACCUUCGAGUGCAGCGGAAGCUGAGAACCUCAAGAAGAAGAAGAAGAAUAAGGUGAGCCGACAACUUGACAACCUGAACGUGCUCAUUGAAAGGGCCUUGAAGAACUCCGAGGGUCGCACCAAGGUGUAUAUCGAGAUGCCUGCACGGGCGGUCACGACCCUCUCAUCCAAGACCGUGAAGUACCUCAAGGAGACGAUCAUCAAGAAGCUGUCCGGACAUGUGUUUCACUCUACAAUUGAUGGGUGCAUGGUGGGAAUGAAGGAUGACCGGGGUCAUCCAAUGCGAAAACGAUGGAUCGUAAUCCACAACGACCCGGAGUUCCACCAGCAGUUUCACCUACACUGCGACGGGUCCCACGAGCACGCUGACUACAACAACCUCAGCGAGGACGAGAAGCGCCGCGUGGACACCGGGAUGCACCCCAGCCAAAUGGUUGAGAAACUGGCUCGGUUCUGGAAAGGACAGUACAUCCGGGAGAGGGAGAAGGACGAGGCGCCGAGCGUGUUUGCAGUCAUGAGGGAGAUGUCGCAGGACCCACAGCUUGCUACACCGGUGGAACAAGAGCAAGAGCCCACCAGCAAGAUGAAGGAGCAAGCGACAGGAAUGCUGACACGGCUGCACAAGGCGGCCGGACACCCGUCCAACAGAGCAUUGGCCCGCCUGUGUCGGGACCGUGGUCUACCAAACUGGGUGGUGAACAUUGCUCUGAACCUGCACUGCCAAGCCUGCCUUGAGACGAGAAGAGGGGAGCAGCUGAUUGUUCCACACAGCCUUGGAACGAAGCCCCAGCCAUGGCAGAUGAUUGGAAUGGACGUGAUGGAAUUGGUUUUCCCGCAGCAACGCCGGAAAGCCCGCUAUCUCUUGAUGAUUGAUCUGGUGAUGCGUUUCACCGCCAUCGAAGUCCUGUGGGAAGGUGCUAUGUCAGAAGCUGGCACGGACCCUGGAGAGAAGCUGGUGCAGAAGUUUGCCAGCAGCUGGCUGCAACACCGGCCCAAGCCGGAGUGGAUCAUGACUGAUCCACAAAGUUCGCUGUCACAAGGCAAGUUCGCCGACUUCUGCGGAGUUGUGGGCUGCGGCAUGGCUACAACACCAGGUGAAGCUCAUUGGCAGAAUGGGGCCGUGGAGAGCGCAGUGAAGUCAAUGAAGAAGACGAUGAAGCGUCUGCGCAACGAGGACCCCACGAUGUCAGCAGAACUUGUGGGACACCUGGCAGCAGCAGCCCAGAACAACGUCGAGACCGUCAAGGGUUUUACGCCAGUACAAUGGGCGUAUGGCAGCAAUCCGGCCGCGUGGGGAAAAACGGUGGACCCUUUGGUCGUGAACCGCGCCCAAGGGGAGCGGCCUGGAGAGUUCUGGGACAUGCAGCGAUGGCGGGAGAGAGCGGAAGAGAUGCACCGGCAGGAGCUGGCCAGGGAGACCUGGACACGCCUCCACAAUGCAGCGCCUCGACCGGUGCUGGAUUUCCAAGUUGGUGAUUGGGUGUGCGUGUGGAGAAGUUCUACCUUGAAAGCAAGGCGACAGAAAGACACCCUUAACAUCAAUCCGGAGCCACGCUUCAUUGGGCCCGGAAGAGUGGCCAUGCUGGAGCCACCCGUACAACCCGAGAGCAGAGUAUCUGUGGUGUGGGUGCUCAUGGGCAAGUCGCUCUGGAGAUGUGCGCCGGAGCAACUACGCAUGGCUUCAGAACAAGAAGUCGUGACGGAGCUCCUGGAGCGGGGUUCAGUGGUCACCUUGCCAGUGCAAGACGUGAUGCGUGGUUUGAAGCGGUUUGUGGAUGCCACUGGCCCAAAACCCCCUGAGUGGGAGGAAGGACUGCCAGAACGACCUGGAGAUGAAGGUGUCCCGGUGCCCGCAGGAGCCGGUCAGAGAGCGCAGCAACCUGCCGACUGGGAGAGGACGCUGGAGAAUGCAGCAGAUGAGUGGGGAGAUCGAGUACGAGAACAACAACAACAACGACGCACGUCUAUGAGAAGCAGAUCUCCGAACCGUCAGAGCGUCCAGGAGGCAGUCAUCCGCUGGCAGACACUGGAAAAGGUGAAUGCCAACAGGCGCCUGGAGGGAUUGCCACCCCUCAAGAGGAUGCCGGCAGAGAUUAAGAAGCAGGAGGUGCCUGACACCUGGGAGCUGGGUGUAGAGGACCGGCAGCUCAUACGGCACCAUAACGUGCCCCGUGAUCAUCUGUUCGUUCCGACGGAAGCGACUGGAAAGCGUACCACGAUCUGGACGGCUCCAGACGGAGGCUCCGGAAGCUUCAUUGAUGAUUUCCGCAAGAGCAGG